UAGCUCUGCCCUCGAUAGAAUGUUUUUCUGUAUCUGUGCGAACAUUUGUUUAUUUUCAUAUUUUUUUAUUUCUUUGUUUUGAAAUUUUCGAAUUAUGGCGGUACAUCUGUCAAGGAAACGAAAAUUAUUGACUUUAAUAAACUUCGAUCUAAUAUUCCAUGGUUACAUUGUUAUAGCAAUAAUUUUAUUUUUCUAUUAGUUAAUUAAUUUCUCUAAAAAUGAGUAGUGAACAAAGUGGAAAAGUGCCUAGAUACAUGGCCCAACUCUUAGAAGAAUUGGGGUGGAAUCAGGGUACAAGAAUACCUUUAGCAAGCCUUGAUAACCAAAACUUCGAAACUCUUUUAAUCGAAAGGCAAAAUGAGAUACAACGCUUAAAAGAAGCCCUUAUCGCACAAAACCAAAAACGAGAAGACCUGAACAACUACAAGCAGCACGUUCAAUCAGAGUACCACGAAAAUACUCGUUUACUUUUUGCACACAAACAACAGCUGGAACAAGAAGUUAAGUUACGGCAGCUGUCACUCAAUGAAGCUGACAGAUUAGACCGAGAUAUAGUCGACUGCAACAAACAGACCAGUUCCAUUAGUUCUCGCACGGAUAAAGUUCAAAAUUCUAUUACACGAUUAUUAAAAAAGGCUGAUUCGUUAAAAAGUGAGGUGUGUGGUGAGCGGGGAGCUUUACAAGAAUGGAGGGCAGCCCUUGAACGCAGUUCUGGAGACAUCACGGCCAUAGAACAGUUUACAAAACAAGACCUUUCAAAGGCUAAAGCUCUGGAGAUAAAGAGACAGAAACUGAAAUUAGAACAUGACCAAUUGCAAGAGCACCUUAAUCAAGUGGUGUCCAACCUUAGUGCGGAAGAAAGGGCAUGUGAAAGAAUUUCUGUUCAGGUCAUGGAAGGUAUGGAGCAAAGGAAACAAAUGAUGAUGAUGUGGACCAAUGCUGUAGAGAACCUGCGCCAGCGAGACACAGAUAUACGACAUAUUAGAGAGGAUUACGCAGUGCUAGAGACGGAGGCGAACACUCUGGCGGAGCAGUGUCGCGAGCAGCAGGGCUUCUGCGAUCAGCAACGAGGCAACAACGCGGACGCGCAGCGCGACUGCGACGCGCUCGCGCAGCGCCUCGCGCAGCUGCGGCGCGCGCACCUGCACGUCGCCGAGCAGAACGCCUGUCUCGACAGCGAGGUUCAAAGUCUUCAGCGCGAGCUUAGUAAUAUGCGUAUUGCAUUGGAAAAACUGCACAUGGAGAACAGGCAGUUCCUUGACGACCAACACAAGAGGGAUGUUGCACUCAGCGCGCUCAACAAUAAGAUAAAGGAAUUGAAAGAGAAGCUUUUGGACUCCACAGAUAAAUCGAAGUGUUCUGAGAAACGGGCUAAAGAGUUAGAGGACAUGUUAAAUGAGGAGGAGCGAUUUGCUAAUCAAUUGACAGUGAACCAGCAACGCGCCAUGCACUGCUCCUUCGUCGAGCAACAGAAGCUUCUGGUCCUCAAGAAUGAAGAGAAAUUGUUCCACAUGCAACUCAAGUCGUCUAAGGCGGUCAUGAGCAAACUGGACACGAAACAGCGCGGCGUCGAAAGAAACUUGCAAAGUCAAAAGGAAUCACUUUACGCUAUUUGCUAUCAAGUAGAGACGAUCGGCUCUCAAGUGUCUCACAUGGAGGGGGCGCAGGCCGAGCGCGAGUGUUCCGCAGACCUCGCCGCCAGGGAAGACAGGUUGAAGGACGUGCUGGCGCGUCACGCGGCGCGCGCGGCGCUGCUGGAGCGCCACGCGGCGCGCCUGCACGACGACAUGCGGCGCCUGGCGCGCGAGCUGCAGCACCGGCACGCUCUGCACGCCGCGUUGCAAAGUCGCUUAAAGACCUCGAUGCUGAACGUGGAGGGCGGCGAGAAGGAGGUGCGCGCCUCCCGCGACGUGUGGCGCCGCCAGCGGGUGGAGGAGGCUCUCAUGCGCCUGCGCGUGGCGCACGCCUCCCGCGCGCUCGCUGGGCUCGGGGACGCCGCUUUCACGCUCGACAAGCAGCGCCUGCAGCUCGACGCGGCGAUGAACGAGCGGCUGGUGGAGAUCAGUGCCCGCCGCGACAUGUUCGGCGUGCAGCGGCGCGCGCUGCUGGAGCACUGCGGCCGCCUGCGCAGCGAGAUCCGCGAGCGGCAGCAGCGCGUGCUGCAGCUCGUCAAACGAUACGACAUCUUCAUUGCUUCUUUAGGAAAAGAUGAAGCGGGUCAAGAGCUCUCCGUGACAUUCUUCAAAAUAAAGUUCGCGGCGGAGCGCGCGGAGCUGCGCGCGCGCGGCGCGGCGCUGGACGCCGACAUCUCGCGGCGCGAGCGCGACGUGUCGGCGCUGGAGGCCACGCUGCGCGUGCUGCACGCCGCGCACGCGCACUUCCUGCACCGCAUCGCGCCGCUCGACGACGACACGCCUGAAAUGGAAGAGGUCUCGGAGUUGACGAAGCAAUACUACACUAAACGGGAUGAGUUGAAGGAACUGAACGCCAACGUCGCUGCAGUUGAACAGGUUUUAAAUGAAAACAGUUCGAAGCUCACGAUGAUCACUGAUAAAUACAAACAGUUAACAGUCAGAGAAUUAGAGUGUGAAAACGAGUUAGACAGCAUGAAAGAUAGACUCGAGAAGCAAGAGAGUCGCUUGCAGAAGGCGCACGAAAUCGUGCAGAAUAAUGCGCGUCGCGCCAAGAAACUCAUAGAGGGAGUUGACGAGUGGCGAAUAUUUCAGAUGUCGCUGUGCGUGCGGGACUGGUGCGAGGCGGCGCACGGCGCGCUGCAGGCGCUGGCCGAGCUGCCGGCCGCCGCGCCCACGGCCGCCGCGCGCCUGGCCGCGCUGCUGGCCGCCGCGCAGCUCGAGCGCCUGCUGGCCGCGCACCAGCGCCGCCUGCUUGUGCUCGUGCAGAGGAUAAUAAAUAAUGGAACAUUCCUUGCGAAAGACUCGACGAUGGAUCAAGCAGAGAGCGUGUUUUCGGCGUCGUCGACGUCCAGCGCGAGCGGCGUCAGCAUCGCCACGGGGUUCACGCGCCGCCUGGCCGCCUUCCGCCGCCAGCUGGCGCCCAAGGUGCAGGAGAAGGCGGUGAGACUCUUCGGUUGUCAUAACACGCGACGUUCUUCGAUUUCGUUGCGCGUCGUGACACUAGGAUUGGAAGAGGUUGCUCCAAUAAUGGUGUCCACCUUGACUUCGCGCAAGUCAUUGAGAUAAAAUUGUAUUUCCUGCUUAUUAAAGACGCCGAUGGGUGUUUCGUUUUAAAUUAUCCGAACAAAUAUUCGACUACGAUAUUAUGAGCGCUAAUUUCAAACAUUUAUAGUCUUAAUAUCAUUUUGCGAUCGAGAGUAAUGUUAUUGUAUGUAUAUUCAAAAACAAUGCUUGUAAUGUUCAUUUAAUUUUGUAAAACAUUGUAUCUCAUGACACUAUUGUGUAUAUUGUAUGUUCUCUGGAGUAUUGAUUUCACGAUGUCUGUUCAAAUUAAAUGUUUUUUAUUCAUUCGAACUAAACACAGAUAACACGGCAUUCGUUGCGUAUUGUUUUAUCAAGUUUUUUUUUUUUAUCAUUCAAUAUGCAUAUAUGUGGUCAAGUCUUUGUAUUUAAUUUUAAACUAGUUUCAUCCUGACGGUCGUUUUUUUGGUACUGGUGACAAAACAGUCCUAUAUUUUAAAUGAUAUAUGUAUUUGCACAUGAGUCUAAAAAAAACUUGUUUAAAAAAUAUACCAAUAAACGAGCGACGUAAAAAUUCUAAAAACCAAAAUGAUUGUAUUAGCAUAUUUUUACUGGAUAUUUUCACUUGUACGUAAAAAUAUGAUUAAAAACGAAUUAAAUAUUUAUUUUUUUCCAUCC